CCCCCUUUUUUUCUAUUUAUUUAUUUAUUUAUUUAUUUUUCUGCCGUUAUUUAGCCCAUCCACCGUCCACCCCGUCUUCUUUUUCCCUCCAUCUCCUUCUUCUCUUUGGGAGUGCGACGAGCUGCGAUAUAUAAAAAAAGAGAAGAAAAUAAUAAUAAUAAAAGAAGAAGCCUGCAAGCAGCAGCAGAGCUGUGACUAUGAUGCAAGUUUUCUGCUAACAGAGGACAGACGGAGAGCGGGACAACUGUCCAAGCCACAACCUCCACCAGCUACUGCUUUCCAGUGAGAAAGAAAGACGAAGAGAGAGAUAGAGAGAGUAAGAGAAAGAGGCAAAAGAGAGAGAAAAAAACAAGUGCAAAAAGGAGAGAGGGGAGCGGGUGAAAACAGUCGAUGGAUGCUGUCCGGAUUGAGGGGACAGCACGUUCUUCACUGACGAGGAAAAGAAAGAUUUCAAAAUUGAGUCGAAGGAUAGAAACUCGCCGUCAGGCAUGGUGUGUGAGAAGGGGAUCCAGAUCCUUCUCACCACCGUGGGGGCAUUCGCUGCCUUCGGCCUGAUGACGGUGGCAAUAGGGACGGACUACUGGCUGUACUCCCGUGCCCUCAUCUGCAACAGCACAGCCAACGUCACCCAGGAUGACCCCCAUAACAAGGACAAGAAGGAUCCUGGGGCGCUCACCCACUCUGGACUGUGGAGGAUAUGCUGCCUGGAAGGAGUAAAGCGAGGAGUGUGUUCUCAGAUCAACCAUUUCCCAGAAGAUGCAGACUUUGACCAUGACGGGGCAGAAUACGUCCUACGGGUAGUCAGGGCUUCCAACAUUUUCCCGAUCCUCAGUGCCAUCCUGCUUCUGAUGGGAGGGGUUUGCAUUGCUGCUAGUCGUUUCUAUAAAAGCAAAAGGAACAUCAUCCUGGGGGCAGGAAUCCUCUUUGUGGCUGCAGGCCUGAGUAACAUAAUUGGUGUGAUCGUGUAUAUCUCGGCUGCACUGGGGGACAUCUCUCCCAAGAAGGACGAGGAUAAGAAGUGGCAGUAUUCCUACGGUUGGUCGUUUUACUUUGGAGGCCUGUCUUUCAUCAUGGCCGAGAUGGUGGGGGUGCUGGCUGUUAACAUCUACAUCGAGAAGAACAAGGAGCUGCGCUGCCGGUCACGCACCGACAUUUUCAAGAGCACCACGCACGCCAUGCUCCGCCUGCCCAGCUACCGCUUCCGUCGCCGCUCCCGCUCCUCAUCCCGAUCCACCGACCCCUCCCGCUCCCGAGACCCCUCACCCGUAGGGGGAGGUGGGGGCAAGAACUUCGGCCUGCCCCCCUCUGCGCUGCUUUCCCAGGGCCCCAUCUCAGUGUCCACUUUACCAAACCCACACUCUCGCUCCCACACGGCCUUGGCUGGAGGUGACAUCUCCCUCUACACGUUAUCCCGCGACCCCAAACUGGGGGGUUUGCCACCCAUGUAUGGAACGGUGGACAGGGCCACGCUCUACCAGCUCCACAACUGCUUCCCAAAGGAUGGAGGUGGAGGUGGGGGGGUGAUGAUGAGUGGUACACUUCCCUCGCUUAAGUCCCACAACCCUUCCAAUUCCUCCAACUCCAACGCGCCGAUGCCCAACUCAGUGGGCUCCGGCCCUCCACCCUUCACCUCAUCCACAGUAGACAGGGAGCGAGGGAUGGGGACUCUGGACAGGCUGAAGGGAGACAGGGAGAGCAACUCUAACACCCUCAAUAGGAAGACAACGCCUGUGUAGGAAGAUGGUGUGAGAGGGGGAGGCGAGAGGGAAGGGAGAGGAGGAGGAUGGAUAGUGAUGAGAGAGGGAAGAUGGAGAGGAGCUCUGUGUUUGUGUGGCUCAACAGGAAAUAGAUAGAAAGACAGACAGGCAGGUGAAAUGCUAUAACUCUCCCUUCAUGUUCACUGUUAUUUAAUCUACUCAAUCUCACUGAGAACAAAAAGAAGAUGAGUAAUAACAGAGUGAUAAUAACAACAACAAUGAACUUUCACAAUAAAACUAUUUUGAUAUUUUAAUGUGCUAGAAAUGAUUUAUUUUGUUAAUGAUCAAACGCAAUUAACCUUGGGCUAUUAUGAAAAUGUUUCACAUAUUUUUUGUGCAAUAUUACUGCUAAUUUAACCAGAUCAUCAUUAAUGUAAAAUUGUUGUUGUGAUUAUUCUUAGCGUUAUUACAGGCUAGCCGUAUUUGCAAACACUAUAGUUUGGAAUGAAAAAUUUUAAUUUCAAUGUUCUUUUCACUCCAAUUUUAGAUCUCGACGACUUUUACUGUGAAUUUCUUCCAUGCAGAGCCACUGGGACUGUCAGUGAGCUGUGUGUAACUGUGUCAAAGUGUCAAGCAUGAGUGUGCACAAUAUGUGGGAGAAUGAGGGCCUGUAUUAUUAUUUUUAAUCCCCACACUAUAUAAUUUUCAUUUAUAACAUGAAGUCAGAUUUGAAUACUGUAAUGUAAAUUGUCUUCCAAUAUUGAUACUGAAAGAAAUGCAACAAUAAUGUGAGUGACUGGACAACUGUCCAACUUCAUUGUUAUUAUGAGUCUGAGUUUUCUAUGGGCCUCUGUUAGUCUUAUUUCCAUUCUAAUCAGUGUUAACAGUAGUACUUGUAGCUAUAGUCGUGUUGAAGAUGUUUGUUCUUGGGCAUUAACAGAAACCUCCGACUGGAGGAAGCAGAAAAAAAAAGAGACAUAGAAUAAUACAUUUGUACAGAUUCAGGUAAAAGUUACUGCCUGAGCAGAAAAACAAAAAAACAUUUUUUUCUAUGAAGAGUCACAAAGUGAGACAUGCAACUCAUCAU